UCAGCACGCACCGAACCAAUCAACAUAAUAAUAUUAUCCUCAUUUACCCUAUCCGGACCACGUUUCAUACUCUUCCUGGUCUAGCACCAGCUCGUAUUUUCCCCAUAAGAGAUAAACCGGGAACGCGGUAAAAGGGAAAACUUCGCUUAAACCGGUAAUGAUCGCGGCGGUCUUGGCUCCAUAGAAGCUUCAUCGCUAACAUUGCGGCUUCAUGCGAUGACGUCGAUCGCGGACAUGGGAGCUAGUAUAGCUUGUUUCCUAUCACGAUGUCCUCAAUUCGAGGGAUGUCGGAAGAGUAUAAAGAAUCGUGAAUCCGUCACUACCUUCGAUUUGGAGUUUUCUUUUCCUCACCAGUCGACUCGGCAUUUCAUUCGCUAUACACUCUUCGCGCCAACCUCCCAAGAACUUCAAACCCGCCAGUUAUAGACACCUUUCGCUAAACUCCUAAAACAAUAAACAAGAUGCGUUUCACCGCCACCGCCGCCCUCGCCCUCUUCGGUGCCAGCGCUCUUGCUGCGCCGUCGGCCAUGCACGCCGCCCGCCAGGACAACGGGGAGGAUGUCUCCAUCACCGAAUUCGCCGUUCACAAGGCCGGUGUCACCGGCGCUUCAACCGGUACCGUCGACGGCGUCGGCUUCAAGCUAAGCGGCGAAAACGCCACGAACCUCGACUGCUCGGCCACCGCGUCGCAAGUCUCGGGUCUACCCACCGAUAUCAUCACCUGCGGCGACUCUAAGUACCGCUUCGAGCUCCUCGAGGGACCUGACUCGUCCACUUUCAGCCUGAAGGUGCACCAUGAGCUCGGUCAGGCUGUUGGUUUCUCCGGCCACGCCGACGUUCCCACCUACUGUCACUCCGGCGGUCUUGACAACCAGGUCUGCAGCCAAGUCAAGGACCCCCUUACCAUCCACAUCGACAGCCUCCCGCACUAAGCGCAUGUCGCAUUGGCCUAUCGAGGUUAGCAAUGUCUGCGGACAUUAGCCUUCCGACAGAAAUCUUCGGGUGUUCGUCCGAUCUGUAAAUAUCUACUUCGACAUAGCGAGCGUAUGAUUCAAAUACAUCUUGUUUUUAGUAAAUAUUGUGCCCCUGAACGCUAGUCAUUCGCAGCCCAAUGUGAUAUUGUUUCGUGACCCAUUGCCAUGGAUGGAUCUCUGUCAAGUAUCGUACUUCACGGGUUUUAUCUGGAGAAAUAGUUGUUAACUUUGCUUGAUGGGUAUCCUAAGGUACACUAUAAUGUAUUUAGAUGAGUAAUAUGU